GCGCGCGGAGCUGGCGGCGCAGGGAGCUGUCCAGUUCAGCACCACCCGGUAAUGCAGUAGGUGGGAGCGCCUCCGCCGGGGGCCGAGCCGGCAGCGAGUGGGGGGGCAGGCGGGCGGCCCAUCCUGCAGCAAGACGCCGGCUCCCUUGUUUCCAGGAGCUUUGCAGAUAGGGGGAGGGAAACCCGCCUCGAUUCUCCGGGAGAAACCCCCUCCCUCCCCCACUUCGCCAACACUACCCCCGCCACCAACAACAAUAACCGCCGCCGCUGCUCGUCCUGCCGCCGCCGCCGCCGCCGCCGCCGCCGCCGUGCCUGCCCGCCCUGCUGCCGCCGCCGCUGCCGCUGCCGGGGCAAAACCAUGGAAGGCGAGACCCCCGCACCUGUUCAGCUGAGAUCAAGGGCUUACAGAAUACUGGGAAGUCUGGUCUGAAACGAAAGCGCCCGAGACCCCCCCCCCCCCCCCCAAGGAAGAGAACUGGCGAAGCAAAGGAUUUUCAUGGCGCAGGCCGCAGAGCCGAGAACGAAGACGGAAGGUUGCAUCCCGGCUUUUACAAUCUCUAACUGUCUAGGUCCCGACCAUGAGAGAUUGUGUUGAGAAUGCGGCUGUUCCCUGGUUCACUGUGGAAGCCAUCUCCAAAUUAGCUAUCACAUAUGGAAACUGGAGACCAGAAUUUUAGGAAAAGAGAUUAAGGCAUCUCACUUGGGGGGGUGGGGGGUGUCUUUUUAUUUUUUUUUUUCCUCCUUUUUUAAAAAAAAAAUUUACUGCAACUGGAACAGUUUCUGAUCUCAAAAGGCAAGCCUCUCUUCCCGUGUGAUCUUUAUAAUUUACACUCUUUUCCGUGAGCUUUUCUUACCUCCCUGGUUUUAUAUCUCUCCAUAUUCUCUAUUCACACACAGAUCCAUUAUAUUAGUAGUGGAAUUAUUUUUAUUUUUUUGCUUUAGUACUCGCACCCUCACACACACUCUCCCGAGAACCAGAAGUCGGUUGGGUGUUUAUAUAAUGAAGAAUUAUGGGGCUGUUUGAUCGAGGAGUUCAAAUGCUUUUAACCACCGUUGGUGCUUUCGCUGCCUUCAGUCUGAUGACCAUAGCUGUGGGAACCGACUAUUGGCUCUACUCCAGAGGGGUUUGCAAGACCAAAAGUGUCAGUGAGAAUGAAACCAGCAAAAAGAACGAGGAAGUUAUGACCCAUUCUGGAUUAUGGAGAACCUGCUGUCUAGAAGGGAACUUCAAAGGUCUCUGCAAGCAAAUCGAUCACUUCCCAGAGGAUGCAGAUUACGAAGCUGACACAGCAGAAUAUUUCCUCCGGGCCGUGAGGGCCUCAAGCAUUUUCCCAAUCCUGAGUGUGAUUCUGCUUUUCAUGGGUGGACUCUGCAUCGCAGCCAGCGAGUUCUACAAGACUCGACACAACAUCAUCCUGAGUGCCGGCAUCUUCUUCGUGUCUGCAGGUCUGAGUAACAUCAUUGGCAUCAUCGUGUAUAUAUCUGCCAAUGCCGGAGACCCCUCCAAGAGCGACUCCAAAAAGAAUAGUUACUCGUACGGCUGGUCCUUCUACUUCGGGGCCCUGUCCUUCAUCAUCGCCGAGAUGGUUGGGGUGCUGGCGGUGCACAUGUUUAUCGACCGGCACAAACAGCUGCGGGCCACCGCCCGCGCCACGGACUACCUCCAGGCCUCCGCCAUCACCCGCAUCCCCAGCUACCGCUACCGCUACCAGCGCCGAAGCCGCUCGAGCUCCCGCUCCACCGAGCCCUCACACUCCAGGGACGCCUCCCCCGUGGGCAUCAAGGGUUUCAACACCCUGCCGUCCACGGAGAUCUCCAUGUACACCCUCAGCAGGGACCCCCUGAAGGCCGCCACCACGCCCACCGCCACCUACAACUCCGACAGGGAUAACAGCUUCCUCCAAGUCCACAACUGUAUCCAGAAGGAGAACAAAGACUCUCUCCACUCCAACACAGCCAACCGCCGGACCACCCCCGUAUGAAGCCCGCGGGAGAGGGUGGGGGAGGGGCCUGGCAGCGCCGCAGGAGGGGCGCGUGCGCCGGGAGGUGGGGCGAGCAGGGGAGGGGGCGGGAACCCGACCAUCCAAGGGGAAGGGGAAACCUUCCAAGAGCAAAAAACAAAACAAAACAAAACAAAACAAAAACAAAAACAAAAAAACAAAAAAAUAAAAAAACAAAAAAAACGAAAAAAAAAACAAAAAAAGAGAAAAACAUAACAAGUAAAUUUGAAAAAAAAAAAAAAGAACAAAAUAUAAGAGGAACACAGAAGCAAAACGACAGGAAAUGUGAAAAAAUAUUAACCGAGGGAAAGAAAAACAAACUUUAAAAAAAAAAAGCGAGAGAGGAUAAAAAAUUUAAAAUAGAAAAUAAAUCUAAAAGAAAAUGCAUGAUUUC